UGUUUCCCUGCUCUCCCAGCUGCUUGUAUGGUCCUGGGUCCCAGAAAGAGCAUCUGGGCCACUGAAAGCCAGUCCAGGACCUUGGAGGCACUGAGAGGGUGGCACAGCUGACACAAGUCAGGCUUCCCUCCACCCACCUUGUGCCCCUUGAUGCUGUCAUGCAGGGGACAGGACCCCUCUGAGCACGAAGUAUCCUGAGCAAUCACCACACUCCUGCUUCUCCUCCUCCUCUUCACACUGAAACAGCCGAAGUGCAGCGGCUUGUUCUUGCUGGUGUGCCCAGUGUGGGGUCAGACCAGUGCCAGCACAGGCCAGGUGCUGGGGCAUUUUGGGGCAGCGGUGCCACAGUGCCAGCAAAGGCCUGGAUCAACCCACAGGUUCGAAUAAAACCAACUCCUUCUCUCCCCAGCUCCAGGACAGACCCCGGCCUCGAGUUCCAUCACCAGGUCUUGGCAAUGGCACUACAUGGCUGGGCUUCGGGCUGACAAAGCACAUCCCCCGGGCAGGGGCUCGGCUCUCUCCUUACUUGGCCGACCUGGGCUGAGCAGGCCCCUGGGAGCACGGCCGGGCACCGGGAGGAACCUGCUCCACACAGGAACGCAGCGUGGCAGAGCCCCCGCCCACGGCAGCACAUCCCGCGGCAUCCCGGUGCGACCGCUGCUCCCCGGGACCGAGGGGAUACAUCCCUGGGGAAGUCGCCGUUCCCCGGCACCGCAAGCCCCGCGGGGACCUCGGGGACCGGGACAGGGCAGCCGGCCGGGACAGGGCCGGUGCAGGCGGGGAUGUGUCCGGCGGGGGAGGGACUGGCCCGGCGAGGGGCUCCACCCCCGGGGCUUAAAGAUCGGGGCGGGCGAAGCGCGGCCGUCCCGGGGAAAUUUUGCCCAAGCUGCCGCCAGUUCAGACCGGGAGCGGAUCCAGGAGCGAGACCGGGAGCGGCGCGAUCGGAAGCUACCGGGAGCCGGUGCCCCUCGGGGUGACACGCACCCCUCCGCUCACCCUCCAUCCCCUCUGCCCUCGGUGCCGGUGAUGACCCUGAACACGCAGCCCGGGAACAGGAGCCCGCUGCGGCGGAGGGCCAGCACCCCGCUCCCGAGGCCGGGGGGCACCGGGGCCACCUCGCGGCGCGAGCCCUGUCACCCCCAGCUCGGCCACACCGCCUCCGAGCCGGGCGGCAGGGUCCCCCGAGGCAGCUGGUCCUCCGACUCCUCGGGCUCCUCCAGCCCCCGGGAGCCCCGGUACCGGGUCGUGCUGCUGGGUGACCCCGGUGUCGGCAAGACCAGCCUGGUCAAUCUCUUCGCUGGCGUUCAGGAGCGGGAGCUGCUGGAGCAGCACGGAGAGGCCGCAUACGAGCGCACGCUGACCGUGGAUGGAGAGGAGACCACGCUGCUGGUGCUGGACAUCUGGGAGCCGGAGCAGCGGGGUGAGGAGGGCCGGCGCCGCAGCCGGUGCCUGCAGGUGGGGAACGCCUACGUCAUCGUCUACUCCAUCACCGACCGGGGCAGCUUCGAGAGCGCCUCGGAGCUGCGCAUCCAGCUGCGCCGGGCGCGCCAGGCCGAGGACAUCCCCAUCAUCCUGGUGGGGAACAAAACCGACCUGGUGCGGUGCCGCGAGGUCUCCGUCGAAGAGGGCCGGGCCUGCGCCGCCGUGUUUGACUGCAAGUUCAUCGAGACGUCGGCGGCUCUGCAGCACAACGUGGCCGAGCUCUUCGAGGGGGUGGUGCGGCAGAUCCGCCUGCGCCGUGGGGGAAAGGAGUCCCACCCGCACCCUGCGCCCGGCCAGAAGCAAAAGGAAAGCCUCAGCAGGAGAGCCCGGCACUUCCUCGACAGGCUGGUGGCCAGGAACAGCAGCAAGGGGGCCCUCAAAGUCCGCUCCAAGUCCUGCCAUGACCUGUCUGUGCUCUGAGAGCCACCAUCCCGUCCCUCCGAACACGCUGGCUGGGACUCUCCUCUCUUCCAACAGCGUGGCCAGCGGCUCCAUGGAGAGCCCAGAAAGGACUGGAGCGAUGCUGAGGACAUGGAGCUGUUUUCACCAGUGCUCAGGGUUGCUGAGGUGCUGUGGAUCCAGCUGCUUCCCCUCCAGGAGAGGGGACAAGUGGGAUUGAGUCCAGGGAGCAGAGGGUGGGACAGGUACCUGCACUUGGGGUGAUGGGAUUUUCGAUCCCAGCUGCUCCUGGGGAGCUGGAGGUGAGGGGUGGCCAUGCCCCAGUGCAGGGCUGGAGGCUGCCAGGAGCAGAGCAGGUCCUGCUUGUGGUGCCCAUCCUUUGCAGGGCAUAAGGACUGGCGAGAGCACCAUAGCAGUGUCCACCUCGGACUUCCUGGAGCCUGGACAGGGAGAGGGAACAGGGAGCACCAGCAGCAUCACCUGGCACCCCGGCCCUGCUGUGCCAGGGCUUUGUUCCAUGUGUCCCUGGCACCAGUGUUUCUCAGAUGGAGGGUUUUGUGCUGUCUCUGUAUUGGUGCGAUGGGGAAACCCUCAAUCUGCAGAAUAAACCGCA